AUGAGGGUGCUUCUUCCCUUCUUAAUGCUGGGUUCCGUCACCCACGCCCUCUACUUCUUCCUCGACGGCACGCAAUCCAAGUGCUUCUUCGAAGAAUUGCCCAAGGAUACUCUUGUCGUCGGCCACUACACCGCUGAGGAAUGGGACGACAACGCUCGCUCCUGGUCCAAGCACGACGGCAUCAGCAUAUAUAUCUCCGUCGAUGAAAUUUUUGACAAUGACCACAGGGUGGUCUCGCAACGAGGCCUAGCGUCGGGCCGCUUCACCUUCAGCGCGGCUGAUGCAGGCGAGCACCGACUUUGCUUCACACCAUCCAGCAGUUCUGGUCGCCAGGGUUGGCUUAGCGCCGCCCAGCCGAACGGCGGCAUCCGCCUCUCCCUCGACCUCGCCAUCGGUUCCUCUGAGAUAGAGUCCACCGACAAGUCCAAACUGCAGGACAUCUCCCAGCGUGUCCGCGACCUCAACGCCCGCCUCCAGGAUAUCCGUCGCGAACAAAUCUUCCAGCGCGAACGUGAAGCCGAGUUCCGAGACCAAUCUGAGUCUACCAAUUCCCGUGUGGUCCGCUGGAUGUUCAUACAGAUUGUUGUCCUGGGAAUUACAUGUGCUUGGCAGCUCUCCCACCUGCGGUCCUUCUUCAUCAAGCAGAAGCUCACAUAA